AUGGCGAACAUCACAUCGCCCACAGAGGCUGUGGCCAGGGUAGCAUAUAUAGCGAGCGACGUUGUACUAUCUGUUCAGUCCUCGUUGAACACGCCCUCAGAUUUCGGCCGCCAUCUCUCCCGGUUCGCCUCGACUAAGGCGAAGAAUCAUGCCGGUCUUCUGCCAGAGGUACAGUUCGUUCGCCAGAAUGCCGACCCUCUGUUGUCUGCCUACGAGCCUCUUAAAGAGGGCAAGACACUUGCAGCCACGGCUGCGUCCUCAAUACUGAUCGAGUCGAUCCCCCACCUAUACAAGCUUGCCCAGUACCCAGUGGUUCUACAUGUUGCUUUGAACGCAACCCAGCCAGACUUUUCAGAGAUCAGUUCCAUACGACAGUGCGGUUUCACAUUCCUCCAGUCCGAGACAUUGCAAGAAGCACAAGAUAUCGCCCUGGCGGCGCAUGCACUUGCUAGCAGAAGCGGAAAGGGCGUCGUACACUUCUUCGAUCCUUCGAAUUCGCUCCAGGACAGCCCAAUUGCAGCAGAGAGCCGGGAAUUGGUUGAGGCCCUGCUUGGCGAUGGACGUUCAAGAGCUGUGCACAGUGAAGCCGUGGAGGACGCCUUGUAUGUUAAGGACGGAAGGACCGCGACGCUGACAGAUUUUGGCCUGCCAAGUGCCAACCGACAACCCGUUUCUCCUCAGACAGCCCUUGCCUCGAAUGGCAAUACAACCUCGUCCACGAAUGGUACCACCGACAUCUCCUCGACGAUUUCUUCUCGUCGAGACAGCAGCUCAGAUGACGCGAUGGCUUCUUCUCUUGCUACCACAGUCGAGACUCCCGUGUCGCGGCCGGUCGGUGCCACUGACGUGUUCAAUAUGGCGACCGAGAUAUGGACGGUGAUAGCUCGGCUUACUGGCCGAUCGUAUGCCGCCAUAGAGUAUUCGGGACCUCCGGACACCGAAGCAGCGCUUUUCAUUUUCGGCUCUACCGGUGUGUUUGUCGACGUACUUGACAGUGACGACGUGCCUGUCGACCUAAGCAACGUCGGCAUCAUAACCGCGCGCCUUUAUCGACCCUGGCUUGGAAGCACAGUCUUGCUGGAUUCGAUUCCUUCGAGUAUCAAGAAGAUCGCCGUGCUUGAACAGAUCCGACGGAAGACGACAAAGUGGGGACCGUCUUUCUUGGAUCUGCUCUCCAGUCUAAGUCCGGCUGCCGGCGGCAACAGCAAUAUUCAGCUCGUGCAGUACAGGCUCGGUCGCAUCGAUGCCACAACAGCCACGCAAGCACUCCGUGGCAUCUUCCAGAACCUCGCUCCUGCAUCUACCCCACGGAAACACUCGCGAAGACGUGGUCAUUCUCAGGCCACAGUCACUGCGAUUCAGAACCUCAGCAUUGGCAACGAAAUUGAUCCCGUCAUCGACAAUACUCCGGUUGAGCAGCCUGGGCUGGAAGAUGCAUAUCUGAAAAUUCUGAAUCAGCUAUUCUCGUCGCGCCUACAUGUCGCAAACCAAAAGGGCCGCCAGAAUGCAGGAGUCUCUGCCAAGCUGGCUGCCAGCCCUGAGUAUGGUUUCGGAUCGCUGAUAGCGCGUAUUGAACACCGCCGCAAAUUCCUACAAGAGGCCGAAAAUGCUGCUUCUAGCAAAGAAUUCAUCACAGAGUCGCCUAAGCAAUGGCUCUCAAGGUGGGUUCUGAACGCCAACGAUCCUUUGAAGGCCAAUGAAUAUGCAUCAGAAGUGAUCGCUCGGCUCUCCAACGACGGGUCACGCCUGGCUACGUCUCUGCUCGAUCACAAGAGCCUUUUCUACAAGGAAUCACAAUGGCUUAUUGGUUCCGAUGCCUGGGCCUAUGACUUAGGAAACUCUGGUGUGCAUCACGUUCUUGCUUCUGGUGCGAAUGUCAACAUGCUCAUCAUAGACUCCGAGCCAUACUCGGAGCGAUCCAAGGCCGACGCUAAUCGCAGGAAAAAGGACAUCGGCUUGUACGCAAUGAAUUUUGGUAACGCGUAUGUUGCGUCAGUGGCCGUGUACGGCUCCUACACUCAGGUCCUCGAGGCAAUGAUCGAAGCAGACAGAUACGAUGGUCCUGCCGUUAUCCUGGCUUAUCUUCCUUACACUAAGGAAGACGAUUCUCCCGUAACUGUUUUGCAGGAGACCAAGAAAGCUAUCGACAUGGGCUACUGGCCGUUAUACCGAUGGAACCCAGCCAACGAGGUGAAGGGCGAGCCAACAUUCUCGCUCGACUCAGAACGCAUCAAGCAGGAGCUUGAAGCCUUCUUACGACGGGACAAUCAGCUCACACAGCUCAUGAAUAGACACCCUCAAUUUGCUGCUAACCUUUCCGAGUCAUACGGGUCGGAGGUGCGGAAAUUACAGAAGCGGAAAGCCAAAGAUGCAUACGAGACCAUGUUGGAAGGACUUUUCGGUGCUCCUCUGACCAUUCUAUUUGCCUCUGACAACGGCAAUGCGGAGGGACUCGCCAAGCGGCUUGGACGACGAGGUAAAGCUCGUGGUCUUAAGACAAUGGUCUUUGCGAUGGAGGAUUUUCCGCUCGAAGAUCUGCCUGGAGAAGAAAACGUUGUCCUCAUCACGAGCACCGCUGGGCAAGGAGAGUUCCCACAAAACGGACGUGCAUUUUGGGAGGCCAUCAAAGACGCGAACGAUCUGGAUCUUUCCAACAUUCACUUCUCCGUUUUCGCACUUGGAGAUAGCCAUUACUGGCCUCGAAAGGAAGAUAAGGUGUAUUACAACAAGCCAGGCAUCGACUUGGACAAGCGCAUUCGGACUCUAGGCGGUAAAGAGCUCGUGGUGAUCGGAAUGGGCGACGAUCAGGAUCCUGAUGGUUUCCAGACCGGGUAUCAGGACUGGGAACCGAAGCUGUGGCAAGCGCUCGACGUGGCCAACGUCGAAGGCUUGCCUGAGGAACCGCCGCCGAUCACCAACGAGGACAUCAAAAUUGCCUCCAAUUUCCUGCGUGGGACAAUUAAGGAGGGACUGGAAGACACUUCGACCGGCGCUAUUUCAGCUCCCGAUCAGCAAUUGACAAAGUUCCACGGUACCUACAUGCAAGACGACCGAGAUCUGCGCGAUGAACGUAAGGCUCAAGGCCUCGAGCCUGCUUACUCGUUCAUGAUUCGCUGCCGGCUGAAUGGUGGUGUUGCUACUCCCGACCAGUGGCUGCAAAUGGAUGCAAUCGCCUCUGGUAUGGGUAACGAAACCAUGAAGCUCACCACGCGACAGACCUUCCAGUUUCAUGGUGUCAUCAAAUCCAGACUACGUCCUGCCAUGCAAGCGAUCAACAAGGCAUUGAUGACAACCAUUGCGGCUUGCGGCGACGUCAACCGCAAUGUCAUGUGUUCCAGUUUGCCAACCCAGUCCGAGUACCAUGCACAAGUUCAUGCUGUCUCAAAGAAGAUCUCCGAUCACUUGCUGCCAUCGACUACAGCCUACCACGAGAUUUGGCUGAAAGACGACAGCACAGGGGAAAAGACACAGGUCGCUGGAGACGCUGUCCAGGAUUUUGAGCCUCUGUACGGCCCAACGUACCUGCCACGGAAGUUCAAGAUCACGAUCGCUAUUCCGCCGCACAAUGAUACCGAUGUCUAUGCGCAUGACAUCGGCCUCAUCGCCAUUCGUGAUGAAAAGACCAAGAACCUAAAGGGUUUCAACAUCCUAGCUGGCGGUGGCAUGGGUGUCACUCACAAUAACAAGAAGACCUACCCACGGACCGGGUACAUGAUGGGGUAUGUGCCUGCGGAGGCAGCUCACCUGGUAUGCGAGAAGAUCAUGCUGGUCCAGCGUGACAACGGCGACCGCAAGAACCGAAAGCAUGCUCGCCUCAAGUACACUAUGGAUGACAUGGGCAACGAAGUCUACAAAUCCAAGGUGCAGGAGUUGCUGGAUCCCCUGAACAUCAGAUUCGAAGCCCCUGCGCCAUUCAAAUUCAUCUCUAAUAUCGACACCUUCGGCUGGCAGAAAGAUGAGAAAGGACUCAAUCAUUUCACGUUCUUCAUUGAGAACGGCCGUGUCGAGGAUACUGCUGAUUUCGCGAUGCGGACCGGUCUUCGAGAACUCGCUAAACUUAACGUCGGCGAAUUUAGGCUCACUGGAAAUCAGCAUGUGAUCAUUUCGAACGUACAGGACGCGGACAAGCCCCGCGUUGCCGAGCUAAUGAAGAAGUACAAACUCGACAAUACCCAAUUUUCGGGUCUACGUCAGUCGAGUUCGGCAUGCGUGGCUUUCCCAACAUGUGGCCUCGCAAUGGCUGAGUCAGAGCGAUAUUUGCCGGAGCUCAUCACCAAGCUAGAAGGCUGCCUCGAGGAGAACGGACUCGCCCAGGAUAGCAUCGUGUUCCGCAUGACUGGUUGUCCCAAUGGUUGUGCUCGCCCUUGGGUUGCAGAGGCGGCCUUCGUAGGCAAGGCCUAUGGCGCAUACAACCUCUACUUGGGCGGUGGUUACCAUGGUCAACGGCUGAACAAGCUGUACCGAAGUUCGAUAAUGGAAGAGGAGAUUCUUGAGAUCAUGAAGGAUCUGCUCUCAAGAUACGCGAAAGAGAGGAAUAAGGGUGAGCAUUUCGGCGACUGGACCAUUCGCGCCGGGAUCAUCAACGAGACGUUCGAAGGACGCGACUUUCACGAGCGCACAGCCGAAGUUGAGUCAGAUGAGGAGUAG